AUGUCUGAUAUGAAAGCCACCGUCGAGCCCACUAAGCAGGGAUUCUCUGUUUGCGGCUACGAGAAGAUCGAGUAUGACUUUGAGUUUCUCGACGGCGUUUUUGACAUCAAAAAUAGCCAGCUGGCAGAGCACUACCAGACAUGGCAGCGCUGCCUAGCGGUCAUGGAUUUGAACAUAUUUCAGUUGUAUGGAGGUCGAAUGCAAACGUAUUUCGACCAUUACGACAUCAAGUUAAAAAUACACAAAACCAUGAUUGGCGAAAAGGCCAAGAGCAUGGACACCAUGUUGAAGAUCGUCGACAGCAUGACCGAGUUUGGUAUAUAUCGAAAGGAACCCGUGUUAGUUGUUGGAGGAGGACUAGUCACUGAUGUCGCCGGAUUUGCCUGUGCUGCAUACCGACGCAACACCGACUAUAUCCGCAUUCCUACAACAGUCAUUGGCCUCAUUGACGCUUCCGUCUCUAUCAAGGUGGCGGUCAACUAUGGCCGAUACAAAAAUCGCCUCGGAGCAUACCAUGCACCUAUGCACACGUUUCUCGACUUCACUUUCCUCCGGACACUCCCGGUAGCUCAGAUCCGCAAUGGAUUUGCAGAGCUUAUUAAAAUUUCUUCGUGUGCACACAAGUCUACGUUUGAUCUGCUCGACCGCUACUGCGAGGAUUUGAUUGAGACGGCCUUUGGGCGGCUAGGUGAUGCACCAAAAGAAGUCAGGAUUGCAGCUGAUCGCAUUUGCCGGGCGGGUAUUCAUGAGAUGCUGAAACUCGAGACGCCCAACCUCCACGAAAUCAUGCUUGACAGGGUCAUUGCCUAUGGUCACACAUGGUCCCCUCUUCACGAGCUUGUGCCUGAGACGCCUCUUCGUCACGGUCAUGCAAUUUCAAUCGACAUGGCCUACUCUGCGACACUGUCAAACCUCCGAGGACUUCUCAGCUCUUCUGAUCACGAGAGAAUUCUCAAGUUGUUCUCUCGCGCGGGUCUGUCCAUGGAUCAUCAUCAGUUUGACGGGCCGCUACUUAAGCAGGCGACAAGUGCAAUCCUCAAGACCAGGGAUGGCAAGCUGCGCGCCGCUGUGCCUGUCAGUCCCAUGGGUGAGUGUGUGUUCUUGAACGAUGUCAGCCACGACGAGAUGUGCCAGGCUUUGCAGGUUCACAAGAAACUUAUGCACAAGUUUCCACGAAGGGGCGAGGGCCUGGAUGCGUACGUUGACUCUAGUGACACUGGAUAUACGAUUCAGGGUGCAACUGUUGAAAAGGGAAUGGGGUUAGAUUCGGCAAAGAGUGACAACCACGCCAGUACGAAGCGGGAGAACAAAACUCCAAGGGCAUUUUCCGACCACAUACAGAAAGAUAUCCAUGACUUGGCACAUGGCAUGGAUGGCCGUAUUCCAGUAGUUGUUGCCAAUGGAAGCGGCAACGCCUGA